CGGUCAGGGCGCACACGUCUCGUCUUAGGUUACAGAACUCAUGAAAGGCAGGUCGUCGGACGAGAGCCCGUUGAAGAACAAACCCGAGACACUGGGCAGAGUGGCCAAACCACCUGAAUCACGGCCUGGGGUGAUCCCUGGCGUCGCUUUGGUGCCCAAUGUGACCAAGUCCAGAAGGUCAACCAAGAAACCCAAGAAGCGGAAGGAAGCCGACCUUCCUACCUCGAAGACCUCACGCAAGCGAGCCCACCGCCCUCACGUCGUAGACGCAACCGCUACUACUGUGUCGACGGUGCAGCCUAACGAAGCACAUGCUGAGCAGGCCAACUGCGCGUCUAGUUCGGGUGUUCCCAUCGCGUCCACGGAGCUCUGCGCUGCCAGCGUGGCGUUAAUACCUAGUACAGCGCUGAUUGAGGCGUCUGAAAGCUCGAAGGGCUCCACCUUGCCAACCCCGGCAGACGCAAUGCCUCCACCGGUGGGCAACGCCCUCGACGACCGAGGACCUGCCGGUGUCGACUCCUGCAGCGCCAAGAACGACGAUGCGACCGGUGUCCAGGCGAUAGGCUCCAGCGGGAGCUUACGACCCUCUCACGUCUUCGCUGCUGGUCCGAAGAAUCCUGAACCAAGCGGUCCCAGAACCCAUUCUACGGCUCCUGGCGGAGGCGGCUCCCAAAAGUUCCCCCUCGGUUCGUCGCCGAAAGCCGUCGGCUCCUCCAUGCGAGACAACGAGCCUGCUCCCGUGUCGAGUGGCGGCCCGUCUGCAGCAAUCAGCCCGUGGUCACCCAGCGUUUGGUCGACCGCGAAGGAGGAAGCGGACCCCGUUGUGAUCCGAGUGCGCAGCCCAAGUGGCGGCCUCAGGAAGGACAGCGUGAGGAGGGCGACCACGCUGUCGCGCAAGUCCAUCGAGGAAACGGAAGCCUUCAAUAAACUGCGGGAGCUGGUGCGUCAAGCCCUCGCAGCCAUGCUUUAUCCGGCAUGCUCGAAGCGCAGUGAUUUGACGUUGCUCUGUUUAAGAGGAAGCAACACUUUAGCUCGGGACCAAGUUCAUGUAAAACGUAGCACUCAAGUUUAUUUAUUUAUUUAUUUAUUUAUUUACAAUAUGCUGCAGGCCCAAGCUAGGGCCCAUGCAGGAGGGGCAUCAAAAAUGUUUACACAAGCACUAGUAAAAACAUCAAACAAAUUAUCACAGAUCAUGAAGAGAGGGAAAAAUAAUAUAAACAUGACACAUCAAUGAGCUCCUUAUGGC